CAGCGCUACAGACCACAGACAUGGCUCCAUAAGAUUGCACAUGGCGCCCAGCGGCCAUGACCCAAAUACCCCCACAACUCACCAAAAAAUAAUAAACAAAUGCAUUUCUGAUAACUUGAUUAAUUUGGAAUUCAUCAGCUCCAUCUCUGGCAGUAUUUGUACCAGGAUUUUAACCUAGACGUGGGAGUGACGGUGGCUGCCCGCAUCUCGGUUCGUCGAUAACUUAACAACCCUAGUUUUUAUUUUUGUGUCAUUUCCCCCCCCCUGAAGACAGGAGCGAUGGGUGUCCAGGGCUUUCAGGAGUACAUCGAGAAGCACUGCCAGAGCUCGGUAGUGCCGGUGGAGCUGCAGAAGCUGGCGCGGGGGAGUCUGGUGGGAGGUGGCAGGCAGAGGCCGCCUCAGGGCCCGCUGCGUCUGCUGGUGGACGCCGAGAACUGCCUGCACCGGCUCUAUGGAGGCUUCUACACCGACUGGGUCGGCGGCGGCCAGUGGAAUCACAUGCUGGGCUACCUGGCUGCCCUGGCUAAGGCCUGCUUCAACGGGAACAUCGAGCUGCUCGUGUGCUUUAAUGGCUCCUUUGAGAAAGGCCGCCUGCACGAGUGGGUGAAGCGGCAGGUCAACGACAGGCAGACCGCCCAGCAGAUCAUCAGCCACGUCCAGAACAAGGGGACCCCUCCGCCUAAAGUCUGGUUCCUGCCACCUGUCUGUAUGGCGCACUGCAUCCGCCUGGCACUCCUCAGAUUCCGGAUCGGAGUUGUGCAGAGCAUCGAAGAUCAUCACCAAGAAGUCAUUUCUUUAUACAGAGAGAACGGGUUUCAUGGAUUAGUGGCUUAUGAUUCUGACUAUGCUCUGUGCAACAUCCAAUACUACUUCAGCGCCCAGGCUCUGAAACUCAGCCGCAAUGGCAAGAGCCUCACCACCAGCCAGUAUCUGAUGCACGAAGUGGCCAAGCAUCUGGAUCUCAGUCCCAGUCGCUUUGUCAUUUUUGCUUCACUCUUGGGAAAUCACAUUUUGCCUGAUGAGGACCUAGCCGCCUUUCAUUGGAGUUUACUUGGUCCAGAGCACCCUUUAGCAUCCCUGAAGGUCCGUGCCCAUCAGUUGGUUCUUCCCCCCUGCGAUGUCGUGAUAAGGGCUGUGGCGGACUAUGUACGCAGCUUGCAAAACAUUACUGACCUGGAAGCUGUCGCUAGAGACAUUUUUAAGCACCCUCAGUCCAGGACUGAUGACAAACUCGAACGCUUCAAGAAGGCGGUGGAGUAUUACUCAGCUGCUAGUAAGCCCCUCCAGUCCUCUUUCACUACAGCAGCCAAACCAAAGCGACCCGGAGCCCAUGCAGUUGUGUCAGUUUGCGCACCCCCACAGAUGUCCAACAUUCCACAGCCCUCGCUCCCGCUGCAGCCUGGGGGCCAGCAGAACUCCUCUGGACCUGCGGCUAAAGGGCUCCCGGAUCAGAACAGCUUCAGUAACAUUCCAAACGAAGGCAAGCAGCAUACGCCUCUGUACGAGAGGGCAUCUCCCAACCACACUGAGACGGCCUUCUUCAAUGCCUCGUCCACUUCCUCUUCAUCCGAGAACGAGGAGAACGCAGGCCCCACUGCCAAUCAUGUAAGUGACCAUAAGGUAUGGGACAAGCCGAAAGAUCAGACCGACAGCACCCCAGAAGGCAACUUGGAGGACCAAAAUAAAUUUGACACUUCUGUGACCUCCCCUGUGGGCCAAGGCCACCUUGGGGUCAACGCCCAUAUACCGUCUUUGCUGUCAAUGCCAACCAGAAACCACAUGGACAUCACCACACCACCUCUGCCCAUGGUGCCACCCGAGGUGCUGCGGGUAGCCGAACACAGACACAAGAAGGGACUUAUGCACCCUUACAUCUACCACAUCCUCACCAAGGGAGAGAUUAAAUUAUUGGUCACCAUCGAAGACGAAGGUAACAAGGAGCUGCCGUCCGCCGUGCAGCUGUACCGGCCAAUCCGCCAAUUUGUUUACGGCGUCCUCUUCAGCCAGGCAGAAGCCAAGAAGAGAGCAGAGAGGCUUGCCAUGAGGAGAAACCGCCUCCCUGAGUACCAUCCCGUCAUUAUAAAAGAGUGGGCGGCUUACAAGGGCAAAUCCCCACACACGCCCGAGCUGGUAGAGGGCUUGGCAUUUCGUGAGUGGACCUGCCCCAACCUGAAGAAGCUCUGGCUGGGCAAGGCCGUGGAGGACAAGAACCGGCGCAUGAGGGCUUUCCUGGCCUGCAUGAGGUCCGACACGCCAGCCAUGCUGAACCCUGCCAACGUGCCCACUCCUCUCAUGGUGCUCUGCUGUGUACUCCGGUUCAUGUUACAAUGGCCGGGAGUACGAAUUUUACGUCGUAACGAACUCGAUGCUUUCCUAGCCCAAGCACUUUCUCCUAAACUUUAUGAGCCUGACCAGCUGCAGGAACUGAAGAUUGAGAACCUGGAUGCACGUGGAGUGCAGCUGGCAGCUCUCUUCAUGAGCGGCGUAGAUAUGGCGCUGUUGGCCAACGACGCAUGUGGACAACCGAUCCCCUGGGAGCACUGCUGCCCGUGGAUGUACUAUGACGGCAAGCUGCUGCAAAGCAAGCUGAUUUCCGCCACGAGAGAAAAAGUCCCGCUCCUUGACCUCUGUGAUGGUCAGGCUGAGCUGGUUACAAAGCUGGAAAAGAUGCGGCAGAGUAUCAUGGAGGGUUUGAACUUCUCUCGUCCUCCUCAUCCUCUCCCGUUUCUGCCUCCACCUCCUCACGCUAUGCCUUUCUACCCACCCAGCAAUCCUUUUUACCCUCCUCCACCCAUGCCUCCUCCUCCGGGACGAGGCAGGGCCAUGCCGGCGGGACUCCAACCAAUCCCAUCCCAGGGGGGUAAGCUUGAGAUAGCCGGCACGGUUGUGGGGCAUUGGGCAGGCACUCGGCGUGGCAGAGGUCGGGGUGGUUUUCCCAUCCAGGUGGUGUCAGUCGGAGGACCAAGAGGAGGACGACCAAGAGGCGUGAUUUCAACCCCUCUUAUACGGACCUUCGGUCGAGGAGCCAAAUUUAAUGGCCGAGGAUACAAAAAUCUGGGAUCACACCAGAUUAAACCUGCAUAUACUGCCUCUGCCACCGACCUAGGCAAAGAACGGAAGAAGCCCAAGGCGGAGGGCCAACCGCCGCCCGCGGGGUCCGUCGUGGCCGAGAACGGGGUGGAGGGCAAAGAGUCCGAGGAGCCCGACGGGAGCAAGGCAGAAGACAAGGCUGCUAACCAACCUGAAAGUGCCUUCAGCAACGACUCCAAAAUGUGCAAUAUGAAUCCACAUUUAAAUGCACUAAGUACAGACGGAGAGCGGCACAGAGACGAAGCUCUGAGCGCCUCCGUCUUAAAAACAGAAGAGUAAACCUAUUUUUAUAGAGAGGGUGAUGGGUGGAAGGUUCAGGAUUAAGGAAAAUCUGGAAAGAUGGAAAGCCUACAGUUGGUGUACAAUUUAAUUCCUCACUGAAAAGCGCUAAACGAGGAGCUACUGUAUGAAUUGUUUCGAAAUCCCUCUGUGAUGUCAGUAAGUUCAAAUUAUAAAUACUUACGAUCGAUUCAUUAUUUCUCAGAAUGGCAUAAUGAACUGAGGUAUACCAGUUCAUUAAAGCAUAUUACCAAUACUAUCCGGAGUUAAGCGUACUCCCUUCUCACCGAUAAUGACGUCUCAAACUGGUUAGGCAGACAUUUUAUUUUACUUCGUCUUAAUUAAAUCGAAGCCGAAACCUUUCAUUUGGCGAACUUAGUACUCCUAGGUUGAGAUGCUACCAGUAGCUGGCACCAUAUAUAUUUGCCAUUGUAACUGAAUUUGUGUUGUGUCAGUAAAUGCUUAUUUUUUUCGUUUGAGUAAAACUCACAACAGGAAUAAAAUUCGCCUGGGCCAUCGCUGUGGGUUUACUUGAGCUCAAAUUGUGCAGAAUCGUUUGGGAAAUUUAGCAGCUUAGGUUCUUACGAACUGCGUCGCACUAGUCGCGGCGGCGAAGCGUGAAUCGAGAAAACGCAAAUAAUCUAAUGACAAAAACCGGUUGUUUGCUUUGUCAGGACUUUGCCAUGCAUCGAUGAUCGAUAUUAGUGUGGUUUCUUGACUCAGUUGUAGAUGUAUGACGGUUUCAGCAACUUUUUGCAUGGUUCACAAUUAAAAAAAGAAGAAAAAAAAACACAACAAAACUGUGUGUCGUAGUUAUGCAUGUUGUCCUUUUUCUUCCAUCUCUACAAGUACUGUGCCCAUUUGCAAAAUCUUAAAAGGCUAAUAAUCGGUAAUAGUUCUAUAAAAAGUGUUAACUGUUGGUAACUGAUUUGCUCUAACCUUUAAAUUUUUGUGAUUAUUGACCUUUGUUGCAUUUACUCGAAAAUAUCGGAUGUUAUCUAGCCAUUUUGAAUAUUGUUAACCCUGGUAUAUUCAUGCAGCUCUGUAUUAUCUCCAUUAAUGUACUUUGUUGCUGUUUUCUGCGUCCGUUAGCCAACCGUCUCUCAAAAAGAGAAAAAGCUUCAGUCUUCAAAUGACUGAUCCUGCCCCCGAGCCCUCCCACCCCCUAUCCUUUUCUUAGCUGGAGAUAAUUAAGCAGUAUGUAAGCAGUAUGACCCUCCCAUUUUGAGAGUUUAGCCUAAGCAGAACCGAAUCGUUUCGAUGUUUUCUUUAGUGUUUUCAGAGUUUGAUGUACUUCAGAACAAGAAUCAUUACUUCACGUUCUCCAUCUAAUUCCUCCUGAUGCUUUUCAUCGCACAUUAGUGAUCAGAAAUAUGGUGUAUUCCCCUGCCCGCAAGACUAAAUAGGCUACCUUAAUGUAAGUUGAUCGGAGUUUUUUUUUUCCUAACUCAUGGGGUGUCAAAGAAUGAUCUACUGUCGGGUUUUGAGUGAUUGUGGAUGGCUUGUGGUGUGGAGUAUUGAAGGAAAUUGAAUGCAACUUACAAUGCUUAAUAAAAGUCUUUAUUCUUUUAGUAUAA